AUGUUUACCCGUGCAGGAGGCGAGGGCUGUGGGGAGGCCUUGCGCAAUUUCUGUAUGCCGCCAUAUCAAUUUCGGGGGCCCUGGAGGCCGAUAAAGGCCCUCUUAGCCUCCCUGCUCCCCCUCGCCCUCUUUGACCGGGCUCAGGCUUUUUCAGGCCACCCACCUCUGAAGCACUACUUUGCCCCGUGUUCGGGCGGGCUUGCGACGGUACUGGGUCAAGAAUUGUUGUCAACGCAAAUUGGUGCCGCAGAGGUGGAAGUCCAGAAGCGGGGAUGUGCGUUUCUGGGUACGGAGGAGGCGGCCUACCGCGCCCUGCUUUGGAGCCGUACCGCAAACGGAGUGUGGCAGCUCAUGGUGCGGCAGCGAGGGAUUUGUAAUCGAAAGGACCUGUACGAUAUGGUGCGGCGCAUUGCAUGGCUCGAAGCGAUGAGCGUGGAGGAUAGCGUUGCCGUGAGUUGCGUCCUGGGUGGGGGGGAGGUGGCGACAGACAUCGCACACACCCACUUCUCCUCCCUGACGGUCAAAAACGCCCUGGUCGAUUCCUUUCGCGAGCGGUCGGGCGGCCGGCGUCCCAGCGUGGACGCGAAGGACCCCGUCUUGCCCCUUGUUCUCUUUUUGCAGCGGGACGAGGCUUGGCUGUACCGGAGCUUGAGCGGGCCGGGCUCUCUGCACAAACGCGGGUACAGGCAGCAAAUGCACAAGUCCUCCCUGCGCGAGACCACGGCGGCGGCCGUCUUGAUGCUGGCCGGCUACGACCCGGAAAGGCACGUGCUGAUGGACCCCAUGUGCGGGUCCGGGACUCUGGCCAUCGAGGCCGCGCUCAUGGCGAGGAGGCUGGCGCCCGGCCUCACGCGCCUGAAGCGGGAGGGGGAUCUGGCGGUCCUGACGCCGGCGCGGUGGCCGGACACGGACCUAGCCCUACUCCGGCGGCUCGUCCGCGAGGCCAAGGCGCAGGAGCUGGAGCGCGCCCCGCUCCCUAUCCUGGGUAACGACUGGCACCCGGCGGCCGUGGAGCUGGCCAAGCGGGACGCGGGCUCGGCGGGCGUCUUCCACGACAUCAUCUUCAGCAGCCAGGACGCGUCGGAUCAUCGUCUGGACGGCUCGGUGGCGCGGAAGCCGAACUUGGUGGUGUGCAACCCGCCCUGGGACCUGCGGCUGAACGAGGGGGCGAGGGAGAGCUGGGAGGCUCUGGGCCGCUUCCUGAAGCGCGAGGCCGGGGGGGCGGAAGCCUUCCUGCUCUCAGGGAACCCGGACGUGACGCGCACCUUGCGGAUGAAAGCCAAGCGAAAGAUCCCGAUCGACCAGGCGGGCAUGAGUCUACGGCUGCUGCAAUACCAGGUCCUUCCCCCUCGCCUCGCGGGCGGGGAGUCGGAGGGCCGGGCUGCAAGCCUCCGCGGGGGGCCCGCGUCGCAGGCGACAGGUCCGUCGGAGAGGGCGGAUGACACUCAGACACCCCUGCGAGCGACCUCCACCAGGCUGUCCGUGACGCCCCCCCCACCGCAAAGGCUCGCUAGGCCGGGCAUCGCCCCAGUCAGGGCCUCGCGCGCUCAGGCGCUCUCGGGGGCGGGCUCCUCUCUCACCACGCUGGCAGUGGGGCUCCUGCUUGGAUGCCAACGGUCGUCGUCUCCAGCGCUUGCCCGAAACGUCUUCGAUGUCCCCUCGUCGUCUGUGACGGCAAGCCAGUCGCUGAAGGGAGCCUAUGACGAGUACGCAUCCUCCUACGACGGCUUGGACGGGGGGGACGCUGCCCGCUUCCUGGGCCUCGACGCCGCGCGUAAGGAGUUGAUCGGGCGAGCCCGCGGGCAUGUUUUGGAGUGCGGAGUUGGCACGGGCUUGAACCUUCCUUUCUACGAGUUUGGUUCCGGGAGCGCGCCCACCGUCUCCCUCGACGCCAUCGACCUGAGUCCUGGCAUGCUGCGCGAGGCCCGGUCCAAGGCGGCUUUCCUGAACCUGGGGCCCGACGCCGUUCGCUUCCGUGAAAUGGAUGUGGCCAAGAUGGACUUUGCCGAUGAAAGUUUUGAUUGUGUCUGCGAUACAUUUUCCCUCUGUGUGUACCUGGACCCUGCCCAAGCCUUGAAGGAAAUGGCGCGCGUGUGCAAGGCUGAAUCGGGAAGAGUGUUGCUCCUGGAAAACAGUCGCAGUAAUUUGCUACCUGUGGCCGCAUACCAAGACGUGACGGCCGGUAUAGUCGCGCGUUACGGUGGUAAGGGUUGUGUUUACAAUCAGGACGUGGCAAGUCUCGCUCGUCAGGCCGGUCUACGUGUGAUGUCACAGAAGCCCUUGCUGGGUGGUCUCAUGACGAUGCUAGAGUGUGCGCGGGAAACUUAUCGUCCAGCUGUGGAAGAAAUGGUGUUCAAGAAACGAAAGCCAAAACUUGUAAAGCAGCGACAGGACGGCAAGCCGCCUGAGGAGGCAAUAAACAAAUCCGUUGAAAACAGUUCGCCGGGAGAUCGAGCAGAUGCACAGAUGGGCAAGAAACCCAUUCAUGAUGAUGAGUCAGAAGAAGACAGCGGCAACGGUAUGAUCUUAUUGGACGCUACACCUUCCCAUGCCCUAUUGCCGCAGCAACGGAGGCUCGUGCAGGGCGCGUCACGACUGGGCAAUAUGCGCUUUGAGACUGGUCUCCCGACACCGUCCUAUUUUCAAUUUGAAAAACUUGGCAAAACACAGAAGGCUAUGGUAGUCCCGAACGCCAAGCAAGUCGCCGCGUCAAAACAAUCUUCCCUUCAGCUGAAGGCCGAUACAGCUGCACACAUGCCGAGAAAGGUCAACUCUGGUGCAGUUCUUCACAGAAAGGGUGCCGGGGGGGGUAUAACAGGGAUGAAGACCACUCAAGGCGUGUACGAAAGGGAUAAGGAGAGAAAACAAGACGCGAAAAUGCUGUUGAUGCGCAACUACAUGGACCCGAAGCGUUUCUACAAGGGGCUGGAGGGGCUGGCUCCAGAUUUUCAGGUGGGUACCGUCAUCGAGGGCCGGAUGGAUCCCAUGCACGCUCGCAUGCCGCGGCGAGACCGAAAGCGCACUUUUGUGGAUGAGAUUCUGGCAGACCGUGGUGUUCGGAGGUACUCAAAGAAAAAGUUCUUGGCGAUUCAGGAGACCAAGAAGGCCGGGCGCAAGGGUUUGUACAGAGCGAGGCAACAAAAGCAUAAGCCCAAGUGGGCGAGAUAACGGAAAAGACACAGACGAGCGAGGAAAAAGUGUUUGGCAUUGUA